AUGAUCAACUCCGUGAAAACAUUCAUCGUCACAACAUCUAUCUUAUGCCUUUCCAUAGCCAUAGGUGAACCAAUACCAUUUCUGAUGCAACUCGAUCGAUGGGAAUUAUUGGUACCCAAUAUCGGUAUAUCCGCCAUGCACAUGCAACUUCUCCACAAUGGCAUGGUCAUAAUGUUCGACCGUACCGAUUUUGGCGUCUCGAAUCUUUCUUUACCGGGAGGCAUCUGUCGAUUCGAUCCUAGUGACACUGCCGUCAAGUUCGAUUGCUCAGCGCAUUCAGUUCUCUACGACGUUGUCUCCAACACAUACCGGGCCUUAAAAGUCCAAACCGAUACAUGGUGUUCUUCUGGUUCGGUUCUUCCCAACGGAACAUUGGUUCAAACCGGUGGAUACAAUGAUGGUGAGCGCGCUACUCGAAUGUUUUCCCCUUGUGGUUAUGGUGAAACAUGUGACUGGAUCGAGUUUCCUCAGUAUCUAGCCCAACGUAGAUGGUAUGCGACCAACCAAAUUUUACCAGAUGGACGUAUAAUCGUUGUCGGGGGAAGAAGACAAUUCAACUUUGAAUUUUUUCCUCGACCCGAUCAUCAUCGGUAUAGAGGAUCAAGAUUUGACUUUCUUAGAGAAACUACAGAUGGAAGUAACGAGAACAACUUAUAUCCGUUCCUACAUCUUUUACCCGAUGGGAACUUAUUUGUCUUCGCUAACACAAGAUCCAUUGUGUUCGAUUACAAAAGCAACCGAAUCGUCAGAGAGUUUCCAGAGAUUCCAGGUGGUGAUCCAAGGAAUUACCCAAGCAGUGGCUCUUCGAUACUUUUUCCAAUAGAUGAAACCAAGAAUACUAUGGAAGUUGAAAUUAUGGUUUGUGGAGGAGCUCCCAAAGGCGCCUUCUCACGUGCAAAAAGCCAACACGGAUUCACGCGUGCCAUUUCCACGUGCGGGAGGCUAAAGCUAACCGAUCAGAAUCCAAGUUGGGAAAUGGAAACCAUGCCAUUGCCACGUGUCAUGGGGGACAUGCUGCUCUUACCGACAGGUAAUGUCAUUAUUGUAAACGGCGCAGGAGCCGGUACGGCCGGAUGGGAAAACGCAUGCGACCCGGUUACCCGACCCGUUAUAUAUCACCCGUUUGAUCGAAGGUUCUCUAUUAUGUCCACUUCAUCACGUCCUAGGAUGUACCAUUCAUCAGCGGUUUUGUUACCAGACGGUCGGGUUUUAGUCGGAGGAAGUAAUCCUCACAUUUAUUACAACUUUACCAACGUCGAGUAUCCAACGGAACUAAGCCUCGAGGCUUAUUCUCCUCCUUAUUUAUCUUUCACAUCGGACUCAAUAAGACCGAAGAUAUUGACCAAUGACAAAGUAGUGAGUUACAAGAGAUUGUUCAACGUGGAUUUCUCCAUACCACAGUUUCUGACCACUGAUCUUCUCUCUGUGAGGAUAGUUGCACCUUCCUUCACUACGCACUCCUUGGCGAUGAAUCAAAGGAUGGUGAUCUUAAAGCUACUAUCUGUGACGCGUGAAGGGCUAACUAAUUCGUAUAGAAUCAAUGCGUUGGGUCCAUCAACGGCUGAGAUUGCUCCUCCCGGAUACUAUAUGAUGUUUCUGGUACACGCAGGCGUACCAAGUGUAGGUGCUUGGGUGCAAAUUGAAUGA